UUUUGAAAGGGUGAAAUGGCGCCCUACAAACAACUGGUCAUUGACAUUUUAAGUUAAUCUGCUUCUAGCUAUUAUGUCAUUAAUUCAGUUCAUCUCAUAUAUCUAUCUAUCUUAUUCAGUUCAACGUUAAACACAAAUUAACCCACAAAAGUUGAAGCUAUUUUAUUUUCGUAAAAAUAGGUGCAAAUUAUGUCAACAAAAAUGAUAAUUUUCCCUUGAAAGCUUAAUUUUUCAUUUUAAUUUUUUUGUUCAAUAAGUUCGUUUAUAAAUAAAAACUGAUUAAUUGUCAUUUCGCAAUAAGGUGACAGCUACUCAAAUAACUGCAAUCACAAUCAGCCGGUUUGUCUUAUCACAGAACAAUUUUAAUAAAAUAUAAACAGAUCUAUCUUUAGAGGUGCUUGUCAAAAGAUAAGAUAAAAGUUAACUUCGGAACACCCUCCUUAACUCUCUGUUAAAAGUCAAUUGUAUAUCUCCCGCACUUAUUUGUAUAUGUUUACUUUUUUUUGUUGUUGGAAAGAGGGGGUUCUAUACCCAACGCAACUUUGUCUUCGUUUUAUAUUCGAGUCGUUAGGUAGGUAUCCCAAGCUUGAGCCAGUUGUCAACGUCUUGGUCGUUAGUCAGUUGUCGACGGCGAAAGAGAUCGCGCAAAAAUAAUAAUGAAUGACAACCAAACGACGACGCGCUAAUACGAUACAAAAUUCCUGUUUAUAUUAUUAAUUUUAAAGAUACACGUAUUCACGUUAUCUAUAGCUUUGUCGUGGCCGAAUGCGGCAUUUAGAAAAAUCUUAAACAAAAUAAAAAAAUAAUUCCUAAUGUCAUCGUAGUGUGCAAUGACAAUAUGUCAGAAGUGAUAAAUAAAUCAACUAAUGAAUUGAUCUAUGAUCAAUACACAAAUGAGGAGAAUAAUAAUAAUAAUAAUCAUAAAAAUAGUUUAAGAAAAUCCUCCACCGACGAUUAUGAUGAAAUCGGUGAAGAAUUCGAUUUUAGUGAUAGUGAAUUAAAUGAUGACAGUUGUAAUGUCAGUGUCAAUAAUUGUAUUAAGUCUGAUAACAAAAUGAGUGUAAAUGACGUUUGUGACGUCACUGUAAAUAAUGGUGUUACCAUAGUAGACAUUGGUAUGUCUAAACCAACAGAUCUAAAUCUUGACCAAUCGAAAACAGUUGAAAUGGAUGCAUUCUGUCCAAUUACACCGAGUAAAAUUUUCGAUUGUGAGGAGAAUAAUAAAUUUGACAACGGCACUGGUGAGAACACUCCGAAUGGGCAUCGCAGUGGCGAAUUGGAAGACGACGAUGAUGAUAAUGAAGCAGAAGAAGAUGACGAAUUGAUUGUACAAUUUCUAGGACAAGCUAAUCAAAUUGCUGAAGCAAGACUGGCAGCUAGACGCCAGGCACGUGCUGAAGCACGAGAAAUUCGCAUGCGCGAAUUGGAACGCCAGCAAAAGGAACUGGAACAAAAUGCUGAUCGAGUUUUCGAUAUGCAAACAGCAGCCGGCAUUGAUCCGCUGGCCAGAUCGCGUCUCAAUGCAUCCAGUGUCACCGGUGUGGUUAAUUCAGUACGUGCCAGUUCCAUGUCCUCCCGCAGAAGUAGUGAAGAUUCCUUGGAAGAGGAAGGACGCAGUUUACGUGAUAUUAGGCAUGAACUCAAGGAUGUCGAGGAACGUUUUCGAAAAGCAAUGAUAGCCAAUGCACAAUUAGAUAACGAACGAGCCUCACAAUCUUAUCAAAUUCAAUUGCUCAAGGAUAAACUGGAAGAAAUGGAAGAAUCCUUUUCACAGUUACAGCGUGAAUUUAAAGAGAAAACACGUGAAUGCAAUGCAUUCAAGCGUAACCUUGACAAAUUAACAGAAGAACUGAAGCUUGUCCAUGGCCAGCUGACUGAACGUGAUGCUUUAAUUGCUGAGCAGGGUUUGGUCAUUGUAGCUGUCGAAAAUGAGGAUGGCUCUGAUGCCAAACGUGCUCUAGUCACUUUAGAAAAUGCACAAUUGUUAGGAUCCGUUCAAGGUUCUUUAGAUGUUCGACUUAAAAAAUUCAGCGAAGAAAAAAUUCAACUUCAAGCUGAAGUGCAAAAUUUACAGGACCAAUUAGAAAAUGUCAAGACACAGGGACGAGGAAGGGGUAAUUCAAUGAAUGGUACCCUUGGUUCCGAUGAGGAUUAUGAAGCUCAAAGAGAAGCAAAUAAAAUCAUCUCUGAUUACAAAUAUAAAUUGCAAAAAGCCGAACAAGAAAUUGCUAGUCUACAAGCCAGCUUAGCUAGAUCAGAAACACAAGUUAUACGAUAUAAAAGUACAGCGGAAGCAGCUGAAAAAGCCGAAGCUGAGUUGAAAAUCGAAAGGAGAAAACUCCAACGAGAAAACCGUGAAGCAAUGGAACGACUAGAAGAAUUAGAAACAUCUAAUAAUCACCUUCUAAAACGACUGGAUAAAUUAAAGAAUGCCAAGAGUGCUCUUCUCAAAGAACUCUGACCGACCACAAAUAAUAAUUUUAGUCCGAUUAAAUCCGAGCGAACAGCAUUACAACAAAGGCCGAACCUAAAUAAAAAACCAUAAGAUAUAAUAAUUAAUUAAAUACAAACAAAAAUAUUAAUAAUAUCCACGAUGAAAUCCAAAAUGAUAACAAAAAAAAAAAAAAAAAAACACUGAGUUCGACUGUGAUGAUGAGAUUUUUGUUAAUGGUGAAUGAGUUUUUUUUAAUGUAUUUAUUUAGAACACAAAAUAUCCUUCCUUCUUUUUAAUGAUUAUGUGUGAUUAUUAUUUUUUUUUAUUAUUUUUUGCACAUCAUCACCAAUCUGCUUAUUCCUCAUGUUCUUAAAAAAAAACACACAAAAAACAAAAAAUAAUUAUGUAAAUAAUACAAAAUAUCCCCCUCAUACUAGAACUUUGCAUUAUACAUUUACAUAAAAAUGAAAAACAAAUGAGGUGUACUAAUUUUUUUGUUUUGUUUAGUACAGUUAAAUCGAUGUUGUCUUGCCAGAUAAGUUCUCACAAAAGUUAAAAAUGUAUUUUAAGACUUUACAAAAAAUUUUAUUCUUUGGCUUUUAAACAAAAAUAUUCAAAAACUUAAACAAAAAAAAAAUUGUAAAUGCUUCAUGGACUCUUAGCCUUAAGACUAUAUUGUGUACUAAAAUUUAGUAAAUAUUUUUUAAGAAAAAUUUUAUUUGCUGCAUGUAAAUGUCUUCUCUAAUGCAUGGUUAAGUUAAGAUUAUUUAUUUUUGGUAAGAAAAAACAAUCAACAAACAAAAAAUGUUGUACUAAAUUUUUUAGUACACCUCAGGUAAAACAUACAUAAUUUAAUGUAUUUAUACACGAUCUAUUUGAACUAGUGACAUGAAUUUUAUUUUUUAUUAUUAUUUUAUUGAAUAUUCUUUGCUGCCUCCGGAAUAAAAAGAAAUGAUUUUUUAUAAAAAAAAAAUGAAAUGAUUUUUAGAACACAUAUGUAGUUCUGUUUUACAAGUAUUUUAAACAAGUUUAAAUAAGCUUAAGUUAAACUACAGUGGGUUGGUAAACUCUUUAAGGAACAUGGCCAGCCUAUGAAUUGUUUCUGUUUAUCUUAAGAUUGGGAUACUGUCGAAGGAGAAUGAAAAUCUUUGGAAGAAGUUUUUUUUUAAGAAUUAUCUUGAGAUGAGUUCAUCUGGACUCGAUAAGUCGAAUCAUCCCACUCAGAUCUCAUUAGAUCCAUUAUGUUCCACAGGGGUUAGAUUUUGAAGGAUUUGAAGGAAAAUUCAAUGGGUACGUACCUCCCUGAACCAUCCUCAAAUUUGAAUAAUUUCAUGAUGUUCAUUAGUGCCAAGAACGAGACGUUAUCUAGCUCAUCAAAAACUUAUUCUCCAAGAGUUGUUUUUCUAAUUCUAGCUAAGCUGGGAAAUUCGAAGAGAUGUGAGGACUUUUUCACCUCUUCUACACAAGUCAGAUGAGAUGAUGCCCAUUCUUCGCAUGUUGGUGCCCAAGGAACUGUGACCUGAAACUGAGAUUCUAACCAAAGGGACUAUUGGGGGUUGCUAAGCUUGAGUAUAAUACCAGUUUUUCAGAAACUUUGUUAUAGUCUACUUUUUUGCAUUUGAAUAGCAUAAAAUAAAGUUAAGAUCGGUUAAAGUGUUGAUCCGUUUUUGACCAGUUCAUCUGCCGUUUCAUUCCCAAAUAUGUCGCGAUGUCCUGGGACGUAGCGAAAAGGAACUGUGUUCAAUGCGAUUCGAGAGAUAUUUUGCGUCUUCACAAACUGCAAAAAACUUCCGCCUAAAACAACACUACAAAAGUUCGGGAUUUUUAUUAGCCUACCCUAAGAUUCUAAGAUUCUUUAAUACCGAAACGUGAUCUUCAUUGAAGAACUGGUUUGCGUCCCAGAGUUCCCUUGAUUGAAAGUCUUUUAUCGUGUUGGGUUAAAAUCAGUGCACGGGAGAAUGUAGUCUAUUUGAAUGGUCUACAUAGCAGGAGCCCAUGUUAUUUUACUUACUUAGGAUGAUCUUAAGGUGACGCUCGCUCCAGUCAACUAUAAAUCUGGGUCUCAACCAGUCUUUCCUUAUACCACCUAAGACGAGAGUUGCCUCUACAUUGUUUUCCAUGCGCUCCACAUGACCUAGCCAUCUCAUCAAUUUUCCGCGUUUUGCCAGAACAUGGCAAAAGCGAAAAUGUAGACAUAACCAAAAAUCAUCAGAACAUUUUAAAGAGUUUUGAUCCACUUUCGUUAGUUAGAAGGAUUAAGAAGAAGGAAUCCCUGAACCUGAACUAUUCUAAAAGGCUGGUUUUCUAGUCGCGUUGUUUUAUUUUGGGGAAAUCGGAUGAAUUUUUAUACACAAAAUCGUUUCUUCUUCUCCACCAAUAUAUUGUUCUAACAAAAACGACUUCGGAUCAUGUCUUGAAUUUUGUUCUUCGAAUGGCAAUUAUCCUCAGUUUUUAGACAGUACAAAAGCGGCACAAAAAGUUCUUAAACAACUCAAAGCUACCUAAUCCAACUAUUAUUUUGUUAAGAUAGUUCCCCAUUGAGUUUAUGAUGAAAUAAAAUAGAGUAUAAACUAUAAAGGCCUAUCAGAUAUUUAGCAUUAUAUCAGAAUUUAUUAUAAUUUCAAUGUUAGCUUAGAACCUUAACCUGUUCAAUACUAGAAUGUCUUCGGCUGCCAACCUAAAAUCUAAAAAAUCCAUUGUAGUUGACCUUAAGCAAACUUUUUUUAUGAUCAUCCAUUUUACCUCCAUUCACCCUUUAACAGGCGAGCAACUAAGAUAAAUUAAUUAAAAAAAAAAGAAAACAAAAACAAGUAGUACAUGAAAUUAGCCAAACAUAAACAAUAAAUAAAUAUAAAAUCUAAAUAAAUAAUGUAACUCGCAAAUUUUGUUUAUAAUUUUCUAAUUUCUUUGUUUUUUUUCUACUGUUUUUAUAUAUUAAAAAAAAAAAAAAAUGCACCAAUAUCGCUGCUUAAUAUUAAGCUUAAAUAAAUAAUAAAAUAUAAUUGCAAAAAAAAAACAAAAGUACAUCAAUUUUACAAGAAACAAAACAAACAAAAAAUAUAUUAUAUAUAAUUUAUACUAAUAUCAAUUUAUUAUAGAACAAAUUCAAAUUUUAUUAGCAAAGCAAAAAAUAACUAAGGAAAUUAAUUGAAAAUAAUUAAAUUAAAAAAAAAAUAAUAAUUAAAUAUUUUAUUUAAUAGAGAAAUGCAAAGAAAAUACAUAAACAAAUAAAAUCGUAGAAAAAAAAAAUGCAAAUAAACAAUUUUAAUCAAACCGAGACAAACUGACAAAACUAAUAUACACAUUACAAAAAAAAAAAAAAUAUGACAUACAUUUAAA